GACUUACGUACAUAAAUAACACAUAAUAAUGUCAACGUUUUCUAUUUUUUACCAGUAUAAAUAAACUUUUACACUAUGGGUGAUCCUAAUUUGGUUACAACAUGCAACUUCCACGGAGAGGAAUUUUUAUUUAAAAUGAAUGUAAUAUGUAAUAAUUUAGAAAUAUUAAUAACUGACAAAAGUUCUGGCGAAGAAUGGCAAUGUAGCUACGAUGCAUCUUAUAUAGAAAAUUUAACACGUAAAACAGGAAAUUUUAAACAGUUUGAUAUAUUUGUUGCAAUGAUCAAAUCAGGUCUUUUACGGACCAGUGAAAGCGUAACUUUGGAUUUAUUGACAUUUGAAGAUUUGGAAUUGCUUAGAUCAAGAAAAAUAAUUAGAAAUGUAGGAUAUACUAACAAUAACAGAAGAUAUCUCAUAGUAACAUACAUAGUAGAGUUCGACAAAAUUCGCUAUCCAUUACCACUGGAGUAUUGUGGUCCACCAGAUCCUCUGGUUCUUCAGUCAACGAUACGCAGACUAGAAGUCGAAUUAGCGAAAAGUAAUGAGAAACUCGCCUUAAAGUCAAAUGGUAACGACUCUAAGAAGAUCUACUUUUUACAGAGACGAAUUGAUGAAUUAACAGAAGAAAAUUUGGAAUUGACGCAGGAGAUACGACGUUUGACUGCACAAAUAGGAAAAAAGCCAAAAGUAUUAUCACUACAAAAAGCGGUUAGUACGUUAGAAAAAUGUGUCGUUAGUGAACGUAAUUCACAUCAUGAACUAGUUGAAAAAUUAAAAAAUGAUAAAGUACAAUUAGAACUGGAACUAGCUAAAAUAAAACAAUCGGAAAAAGAUCUAAAAGCCAAAUUACACAAAUCGAAUCAAACAUCAAAGUUAUGUAUAAGAGAUCAAUUAAAAUUGGCUUCAACCAAUAAAUCGUCCCAUUCAAGUAUGCAGACAGUGUAUAAACGAAAUAAAUCUCCUUUUAAUAUGUUUGAAUUUCAAAGAGGAAGAGCUAGAAAAUCUGAAAAUUUUAUUAAACCAACCAAUUCUUGGGAUCAGUCAAGAAAGAUGAGAAGUGUAGCCACAUGCAUUAGAAGCAGAGACAGUUCCACAUCUAGCACGAAAUACGGAGAUGCAGAAUAUUUGAAUCUAUGUGAUACGAGCAUACCUUUUAAACGCCAUAGUCCAUCUCCACAAAGAAAUCAAGUGCAUUGUCAAUCUAGGUCAAGUAGUCACGAAUCGAGAGCAAGUUCAAAAGGUAGUUUAAGAAAUUCAGCCAAAUCGCAAAGGAAAAAUUUGGAUUAUAAGAAGUUAGAAGAAAAAAUUGCUGAUUUACAAAGAUUGUUAAAGAAUAGCGGUAUCUGUGAUAAGGAAUCCUAGUGUUACUCUGUAGUUCUUUUAUAGUAUACGAA